AUGCUAGUGAUUGCUGUGAAGGCCCUGCUUCAACCCGUGCGUGGUCGCAGCCAAGAAAUCUUCGAGCUGCUCUCUGACCUGCGGGAUCCGAGCUUCCGUGCGGCCCUGCUUUUGGCGCGGGACCUGCAAUCCAGUGAGGCUGAGGAGGUUCUCAGCAGCCUGUUGGACGGCCUUCUCGGUGAAGGCAGCCAGGCAUCUUUUCGCCUUAAGCGCAAGACUUUAAGGGUUCUCGCUGCCCUGUGCGCAUCUGAGCAGACUGUAACGAUGCGAAGACACACGCUGGCUCUGCUGGCGAAGUCUUUCGCCGACCCCGACGCCACGGUUCGCAGCGAGGCUGCUCUGGUAGGGCAUGGGGCUCUCACGAGCCUUGACCUCCCAGAGGCCAGGGACUUUCAAUCUGGGUUCCUUGGGCUGCUACGAGAUCCCUGCUGGCGUGUGCGUCUUCGUGCAGCAUCCUCGUUGGGACAUUGGGACUUGGGCCAUUUGGGUUUGAAGGAGAUGCUUCCAGAAUUGAUCAAAGGCGAGACCGACCUGGAUGUCUUGCACGUGUUGCAGACCUCGAAGAAGUCCUGGGUCGAGGAGAAGGAGAAUAAAGAGCAGAAAAACAAAGAAGUGGAGGUUGUGGACUUGACUCGGACAACGCUUGAUGCUCUCGAACCGGAACGCGAGCAAUACUCAACACGUAAACUACGGAUUCUGUUGGUGCACGGGGCAAGCUCCAACUCUGCCAUCAUGAAAUUUCAAACUCUCCGUUUCAUGAAAGCGUUUCAGGCCGUUCAGGAGGCGGAGUGGGUUUGCCUGGAGGCUCCUCUCAUCUGGCAAGGAGUUUUUGGUGCUGAUGAUCCGAUUUUUCGAGAGCCCAGUCAGCUAGAGAAGACGAUCUCGAAGGGCGAGCCGUUUCGCUGUUGGUAUUCACACGGGAACGGCUGCUACAACUUUGUUGAUGAGGGGGUCGAUGGCUUUUUGAGCCAGGUUCAGGCACAGGAUCCAGUCGACGUGCUGCUCUGCUUCUCACAAGGAUCCAACUGCGUGUCCUUGGCUCUGGACAGUCUCCGUCGAAAAGGUGUUCGGAAAGCUCCCUGGGCAUUGACAGUGAUGUUCAGUGGUGGUCAAAUCGACGACCCAAUCUUCAGUUGGCCUGUCGGGUGGCGGUCCGAUCAGCCAACUCUGCGUGUUUAUACUUCCAGGAAUGAUGGUUUCUUCGAGGCAGGAGAGAGGUCGCUUCGGGACAUGUACUCAGAUCUUCUCGAGCUUUCGCACGAGGACGGCCACGCAUUUCCACACUCUGAGCCCCGUGCUGCGGAGAUCUAUGCUUGCGCACAGUUGGAGCCCAUUUUCAACAGAAUGUCAGAGGAUCGUGAGCACGUGAAGAUCUCCAAGAUGUUCUCGUAUGUGCUACGGCAUGCAGCUCACAAGCUGGAUGUGAGAAUCCGGAAGGAUGGUUUCGUCCGGCUGAAAGACAUCAUGGAAUUAAAAAACUUCCGACCAUACAACCUGGAGGAGCUGAUGGCUUGCGUCUACUUCGAUGAGAAGGAGCGCUACACAAUGGUUCGGGAGUUCGAUGGCGAGCUCUUGAUCCGUGCCAACCAGGGUCACACCAUGAAGGUUGUCGAGGACGACCUCCUGCUGGAGCCCAUCACGGACCCCAGCACCGUGCAGGACUGUGUUCAUGGCACGUACCUCGUGCACUGGCCCUUCAUCAAGAAGCAGGGCCUCUCGAAGGUGGCGCGGAACCACAUCCAUCUCGCCCCGGGCCUCCCAGAGGAUGGCAAGAUCCGGGGCAUGCGAUCCACUGCUGAGCUGUUUCUGUACAUCGAUGUGCCUGCAGCCAUGCUGGAUGGGAUGAUCUUCUAUCGCAGCAAGAAUGAGGUCAUUCUCACCCAAGGGUUGGAUGGAUGGCUGCCUGUGAAAUAUUUCAUCAAGGCAGUGAAGAUCAACUACUCCACGUGUGACAUCGAGGAGUUGGACUUUGAUCGGAAUGUCAACAUGCCAAACUGGGCUGCGGAGCUAGCUCCCUCCGGCCCAGGCGAAGCAGGAAGUUACAUGGUCAAGAACCUCGAGGCGUUGAUUGCAAACUGCCGAAAACGAAUGGCCGAGAUCAACGAACUCAAGGCUCAGGUGGAGAAUGGGCAGCACCUGACGGAGGAGGAGCAGUCAAAGGUUGACCAGUACGCUGCCGUCUACGUCGAACUCCAGUCCCUGGAGCAGCGUUUCCGGCAGCACAAAGGAUAUCGCAGGGAGAGCACCCAGGAGAAGGAACUCCGUGCCAAGGAGGAGGCGGAGGCAGCCACGGUGGUCCAACGGAAGGACAGAGCAGCCACGCCUCCCUGGGAGAAAGGCAAGACCAGCAUCGAGUCAACGGCCUUUAAGGCCACAGACAGAGAAAAGGCUGAAUGGGCGGCCAUCGGUAAGCGACGCGAGACUGCCUUGGAGAAGAAGGAUGAGAAAAAAGAGGUGAAGGAGGAUCGCUGGGAUGCUCUCGGUCGGGGCCGGCUGACGGGAAACUCAGUGCCAGCGCCGACUGCAGAGAAGGCCCCCCCGCCGAAGCCGCAGACGCCAUCAGGAGGAUCAGAGAACUGGCGUUUCGGCGGCAGUGGUGCCCCUGCGACUCCUUCGGCUGGGACGGCGCGACCUGACACGUCCACGCCAGCAGCGAAACCUUCAGGACCCCCGCGCUUCUUCAACUCCAAGCUGCAGCAGCAGAAGGAGCAGAAGGAGCGUGACGAAAAGGCUGCAGCAGAGGCUAAGACUGCGAGCUCCUGGCGCGACCGGGACUCUGAAGCUUCACGCUCCACGAACUGGCGUGACCGACCGGCACCCAAGGCCCUUUGA